CUGGAAGCGCAGAGUGGGAGUCGGCGCACCUCAGUCCCGCGCAGGCCUGGGUCUUUCCGCCGCUCACUGGCACCGAAGUUUAAGGGCCCGGCCCACUGCCGCGGCGCAAGUGAGCAGCCUCAGGAAGCCUCGCCGGCUCGGGUCAGAGACGACCACCCCUGGUCUCUGACCCGAGGAGAAACCGAUGUCAGCGAUAGGGGCUGUUUCAAAGCCAGUUACAGAGGCUGGAACCCUCCAAGAAGAGGACUCUCCAAGAACAGGGGCAUAAGCACAGCCCCAGUGAAGAGUUGACAUUAUGAGGCCGAGUUUGGCUUUUGGCUUCUGAUUUCCGUAAGCGCACUGGAGUACUUGGAGCAUUUGGUCCCUGCGGCGCUGGAUGCCAUGAGUUGCUAAAAGUGAGCCUGGCUUUUCAGCUGUCUUGGGGGCACAGUGUCGGGGGCACAGAGCCAUGUCUGACCUGCUUCUCCUAGGCCUGAUUGUGGGCCUGACUCUGCUGCUGCUGCUGACACUGCUGGCCUUUGCUGGGUACUCAGGGCUGCUGUCUGGGGUGGUGGUGAGUGCCGGCUCACCCCCCAUCCGCAAUGUCACUGUGGCCUACAAGUUCCACGUGGGGCCCUACAGCGAGACUGGGAGGCUUUUCACCGAGAGCUGCAGUGUCUCCCCCAAGCUCCGCUCCAUCGCCGUCUACUACGACAACCCCCACAUGGUACCCCCUGAGAAGUGCCGCUGUGCAGUGGGCAGCAUUCUGAGUGAAGGUGAGGAGUCACCCUCCUCUGAGCUCAUCCAGCUCUACCAGAAAUUUGGCUUCAAGGUGUUCUCCUUCCCGGCACCCAGCCAUGUGGUGACGGCCACCUUCCCCUAUACCUCCACCCUGUCCAUCUGGCUGGCUACCCGCCGUGUCCAUCCUGCCCUGGAUGCCUACAUCAAGGGGCGGAAGCUGUGUGCCCACCCUCGGCUAGAGAUCUACCAGCAAGACCAGAUCUAUUUCAUGUGCCCGCUGGCACGGCAGGGAGACUUCUACGUGCCUGAGGUGAAGGAGACAGAGCGGAAAAGCCGAGGGCCCGCAGAGGCCACUGACGCCCAGAUGGAUGGCACAGGCCUCCUGUGCCCUGGGACACAAGCCCAAGACUCUGGAACUUCCUCUGGUGCAGACCUUGGAGCUGAUACGAUGAGUGACACGAGUUCUGUAAGCCUGGAGGUUGGUCCUGGCAGCCGGGAGACUUCAGCUGCCACACUGUCCCCUGGGGUGAGCAGCCGUGGCUGGGACGAUGGUGACACCCGCAGUGAGCACAGCUAUAGCGAGUCGGGCGCCAGUGGCUCAUCCUUUGAGGAGCUGGACCUGGAAGGCGAGGGACCCCUGGGAGAGCCAAGGCUGAGCCCUGAGGCUGAACCCCUAGGGGCUGCCAAGUGGCCCCGGGAACCUAGUACCCCGGAGAAGGGUGAGGAGUAACCCUAGGCUCAUACCCUCCUGGGGUGCAAUCGCUAAGGAACUGAGCAGACUCUCCAGCCCUCUUCCUCCUUCACCUCUCAGACCCAGGCUGGGGCCUGGGGCCUCAGGGGGACCUGAUUUCCACUGCCCUGGGCUCUAGCUAAGCCUUCUUACCACACUUUUGGCUCCCAGGGCCAAAGGAGCCAGGGACUGUAAUCUGCACCCAGACCCCGGGGCUACUGCCCCUCUGACAUCUUUUUUCAGAUUCACAUUGGAGCUUCCAGAACCAGAAUAAAGCAUAUAAUUUUCUUGUUUCACCUGGA